AUGGUCAUCGACAGAUCACUUCUUGUCGAGAAAAAAAAUGUUCUUCUGCAAUUUGUUGAAGAAAAAAUCAAUGAGUGAAUAUGACGUAGAAGCGGAAGAUGAUCCCAGACGAUCGGGGAUCAUCUCGAAAUCAGUUGAUAUCUUAGACGAUUCACAAACAGAGAUAAAGUCAUACCCGAAAUCCAGUGAGGAAGAAAACGAAAUCAGAGUAGCCCUUCAGCAAAAUGAGUUCCUCUCUAACAUCCUAUCGGGAGACCGCCUCCAAAAACUCAUCGAUUGUAUGUACACCGAGAGAGUAUCAAAAGGAUACAUCCUCAUCGAAGAAGGUACCAUAGGCUCGCACCUAUACAUCUCGAGCAAGGGUUCUUUCCAAGUCACCAUAAAAGGAAGCUUGGUCAACAUAUUCGAGGACGCACGAGUUUUCGGGGAACUGGCCAUCUUGUACUCCGCCAGAAGGUUAGCAUCAGUACGAGCGAUCGAGAAUGGUCUAGUAUGGGUGCUAGACUGUCCUACCUUCAAGCGCCUCAUGAUCAAAUCGGCUAUAGAAGAGCAAGAGGAGAUAGUCUCAUUUCUCAGUCACGUCCCCACGUUGAACACUGCCUCUAAGGAAAAGCUGUACCAAGUCGCCAACCUCUUCAAAAGCGAGUUCUUCCCCUCCUACAAGGAAAUCAUAAAGCAAUGCGAGUUGGGCGAUACGUUCUAUAUAAUCAGGGCCGGGACAGUAACUGUAGAGAAGGAUGGCGAGCAAGUUGCUUGGCUCAAAAAGGGGCAAUACUUCGGAGAGCUGGCCCUGCUCAAAGACGAGUUCAGGCAGGCUACUGUGAAAGUAGACCCCCCAGGCACCGAGUGCCUCACUCUGACCAGACAGGAGUUCAUCGAACACUUUGGGGAUGUGGAGGAGUUCGUGAGGCUCAAGCAAGAGCCUUUUACCAGGACGGAGGAGCCCAUGGAGCAUGAUUAUUUGCAGUUGGAAGAUCUGGAGGUGUUGCGAACGCUGGGGGUCGGUGCUUACGGUAGAGUUCAGCUGGUGCGGCACGUUAAGCAGAAGAACCUCGUGUUCGCUUUGAAGUACAUGAAAAAGUCCGAUAUCAGUAAGAAGUCGCAUCAGAACCAGGUGUUCAAUGAGAAGAAUCUGCACAUGUCGUGCCGUAGUGUUUUCAUUUCGAGGAUGUUCCGGACCUUCAAGGACUCGAAGUAUAUCUAUUUUUUGCUGGAGCCUUGUCUAGGGGGCGAUUUGUGGAGUUUGCUGCGCAAGCAAAAGAAUAAGAGGUUUACUGACGAGGAUGCAAAGUUUUAUUCAGGCUGCGUCUUGGAAGGCCUCAGCUACCUCCACGGGCGAGGCAUCCUCUACAGGGACCUGAAACCCGAGAACGUGGUAGUCCACCAUAACGGCUACCUCAGACUGGCCGAUUUCGGGUUUGCCAAACAACUUGACUCCACAGAAAAAACCUUCACGUUCGUUGGCACAGCGGAAUAUGUCGCCCCCGAACUCAUCCAAAACAAGGGCUACAAUAAAGGGGUGGACUAUUGGGCAUUCGGGGUGUUCGUCUACGAGCUCCUGGUAGGGAGAACGCCCUUCAGGAGCAACGAUCAAAGCCACAUCAGCACCUACAACCUCAUCAUCAAAGGCAUCGAUUAUGCCGUCUUUCCUGGUUUUGUGUCGAGUAAAGCCAAAAGCAUCAUCAAGAAGCUGUGCAUUGCGAGUCCUAGCGAGAGGCUCGGUUGUCUUAAAACUGGGGUGGAGGCUAUAAGGACGAACAAUUGGUACUCGGGCUUGGACUGGACCAAACUUAGGAAUCAGCAGCUGAAACCUCCCAGCAGGCCACAGCUGACUGAUAACGUGGAUACGAGGAAUUUCGAUACGUUUCCUGAUGAUUUCUCGGUACCUGUUGAUUGUUUUACGAACUGGGAUUAUAAUUUUUGA